CUGUUCAGCUGUGGGAGGUCAAGGAGAGGCCCAGUUUCGCCUGGGAAUGAAUUCAUCCCCCAAAAGGAAGAUCACUUUCCCCUGCUAAUUAAGCAUCAUUUAGGGCUCCAAGUGAGCCCUGGUCAGAAGCUGCUUUGAAGAUAUCCUGCAGGGGCCAUGACCACCCUCUCUCCUGAAAACAGCCUCUCUGCCAGGUGGUCAGCCUCCUUCAUCCUGUGCAUGCCGAGUGUUGCAGUCUGAAUAUAGGUUGGGAGAACAGGAUGGCAGUCUGAGGGUAGGAAGCCGGGCUCUGCUGAGACGACAGUGUCUAUGCAACUGGGGCAUGGCAUCAGGACAGACUCCGCUUCCCAAGGUGAAGAGAAAACCACCCAUUGACAAGACGGAAUGGGAUGGCUUCUUUGAUGAGAAUGGUCUGUUGGCCAAGUCACGAGACCUCAUUUGUGUGAACAUCCUGGAGCGGGGUCUGCACCCCUACGUGAGGACAGAAGCCUGGAAGUUCCUCACGGGCUACUACUCGUGGCAGAGCUCCCAGGAUGAGCGACUCAUGGUGGACAGCACGAGGAGGAAGAACUAUGAGGCCUUAUGCGAAAUGUAUAAAAAGAUUCAGCCCCUUCUGGAAAACCUGCACCGGAACUUUAUGGAGACUCGGAAUACCAUCACAUAUGACAUUCAGAAACUCUACGACAAAGACCCCCUAGGCAACGUCAUUAUCGACAAGAAGAGACUGGAGAAAAUCUUGCUCCUGAGUUAUGUCUGCAAUACCCAGGCAGAGUACCAGCAGGGCUUCCACGAGAUGGUGAUGCUCUUCCAGCUGAUGGCAGAACAUGACCACGAGACUUUCUGGCUUUUCCAGUUCUUCCUGCAGAAAACGGAGCACAGCUGUGUUAUCAAGAUCGGAGUAGGCAAGAACCUGGACAUGCUCAACACCCUGAUCAACUUCUUGGACCCCGUGUUUGCUGAGCACCUAAGAGGGAAGGGGGCGGGGGCCGUGCAGUCCCUCUUCCCUUGGUUCUGCCUCUGCUUCCAGCGUGCCUUCAAGUCCUUCGACGACGUCUGGAGGCUCUGGGAGGUUCUGCUGACCGGGAAACCCUGCAGAAACUUCCAGGUGCUGGUGGCCUACAGCAUGCUGCAGAUGGUGCGCGAGCAGGUGCUGCAGGAGAGCAUGACCAGCGAUGGCAUCCUCCUGGCCUGCAACAACCUCAUUGACCUUGACGCGGAUGUGCUGAUCUCUGCUGCCUGCUUGGUGUAUGCUGAACUCAUCCAGAAAGAUGUUCCUCAGCCAUUAAAGGACUUCUUUCUCUGAGGACUCUAGCAAUGGACAGACGCCCUCAACGGACAGGACGGAGGUGGGGCUUCAGCCGUGAAGUCCGACGGGACGUUAGGGUGAGGGUGUAGGUAAUACAACUACACUGGA